UGCACACAAACAACGGAGUCAGUGUGUAGUUUUCGCAUCAUUGUGGGGAGUUGUUUUCUUAUCCGUUGUUUGUGAAGCUUCGGUGUGGCGCGGCAUCGUGUAGUCAAGCUUCAUGGAGGGCAACGAAAGGCCCUCAGCUCAUGUGUCGUGUCUAUAUCCCGAAAUUUUAGCUCUCAUUUUCAGCUAUUUGGACGUCAAAGACAAAGGAAAUGCUGCGAGAGUAUGUACAGCUUGGCGAGAUGCGGCCUACCACAAGUCUGUAUGGCGGGGUGUGGAAGCCAAAUUACACUUGCGUCGCUCCUCCAACCCUUCUUUGUUCCAAAGCCUCGUUCAGCGCGGUAUACGACGUAUACAAGUCUUAAGUAUACGCCGUUCUAUGAGAGAAGUUGUGCAAGGUAUACCAAAUUUAGAAAGUCUGAACUUAAUUGGCUGCUACAAUUUAAGCGAUCAUUGGUUCCAACAGGGUAUGGCACACCACGUACCUACACUGACUGUGAUGAACUUGAGUAUGUGCAAACAAAUAUCGGACGAAAGCAUUCGAAAGUUGUCUGAAUUUGCUGUGAAUCUCCAAGUCCUAGAUUUGGGUGGUUGUAGCAAUAUCUCGAACGAUUCACUAUUUUUAAUCGCGUGGGGACUUCUGAAGUUAAAAAGCCUGAACCUGAGAAGUUGCAGACAAAUAUCAGAUCCAGGAAUUGGACACUUAGCUGGUAAAAGUGAAGUGGUAGGUACCAAGUACCUAGAAUAUUUAGGUCUUCAGGACUGCCAAAAAUUGACAGAUGAAAGCCUAAAACAUAUGAGUGAAGGAUUGGUUUCACUGAUAAGUGUUAAUCUCAGUUUCUGUUCUGGUAUAACAGAUUCUGGAUUAAAACAUUUGGCGCGAAUUGCCUCUCUAAAAGAAUUAAAUUUGAGAAGCUGUGAUAGUAUUUCAGACAUAGGCCUGGCCUAUUUGGCUGAAAAUAGUUCGCGAGUGACUGCUUUAGAUGUCAGUUUUUGUGACCGAGUUGGUGACCAGGGAUUAUUACAUAUAUCCCAAGGAUUGUUCAAUUUGAGAAGCCUUAGUCUCAAUGCUUGUCCAAUUAGUGAUGAAGGCCUUGGUCGAAUAGCCCGGACGUUAACAGACUUAAGAACGCUGAAUAUUGGUCAAUGUAGUCGAAUUACUGACAAGGGUUUAAGUCUUGUUGCUGAGCACUUGCAGAGACUUCUGUGUAUAGACUUAUACGGCUGUGUCAAUAUCACAACUGUAGGCUUAGAAAAAGUGAUGCAGUUACCCCAUCUUAGUGUCCUUAAUUUAGGUCUGUGGCAGAAAAGGUGACACCAAUUCUGCAGAAUAUUUUACUAGUGCCAUUUAAAUAGGAUAUAUUUUUAUCAAGAUCAUCUUAACCUGGAUUAUACGCCUAGAAAUUGUUUUAAGUAUUUAUUUUGUUUGUUUUUUUAUUCCAUUUGAAAAUAUUCAGUUUUUACAUCUGUAAAUAGCAUCAUGAGCAUAGAUUUAAUUUUUCUAUAUUUCUCAAUGUGGUGAAGCAACUACCUCAAAAGAAAAAUUUUACGAGAAUGCUUGCAUGUGAUAUAUUUUUAAUUUUACAGAAUAUUUGCAUUAGGGUAGUUUAUUUGCUGUUUCAUAAUUGCUGACAUUUCAAUAUUUUCUGUUUUAAAUUUUUUAUAAGAAAUUUGAUUUCCUAGUUUUUUACAGAUCAGAAUUCUGAUCAAAACGCCUUAAAUAACA